CAAUUUCUGUUGUCCCUCACAGCUGACAGGUAUACGUAGCUCGCCUGGGGGAUCCGAACCAGUGAGCGCUGGUUCCAGUCGUUUGUCAUCACCUGUCUGAAACACUCCCUACACCCCUGGGGUCCACAGUUAAUCGCUUUUUAAUACGGACAUUUCUCCAUUUCCGUGAUGAGCUGAAAGAGUCGUUGACAAUUCUUCCUAAGUAAAACACAAGGCGACAUCGUGACCCGUGAUAGGAUGGUGAAAGGAACUUGUCGAAGAUGUCUUUGGACGAAACCACUCCUCUUAUUCCUGCCUCGGUCGCGCGGCGGCAGCCCCGGCCACAGAAACACUUCAGCACAAAGACCAUCGGCCACAAAACCAACCUUGGCUUCAAACCUGGCGUGAGGACUAAAAAGCCACGUCACGUCUUUUCGUACCGCCUACCACCCCCGCCGCCCCCCACUCCAGUCGCAUUUACCCUACCAUCAGAGGAAGGGGACGAACCUCCCAAACGGUCGCUAUGGCAACUGUUGGCCAAUGGCGGCAUCAUGUUUGGCGUUGAAUUCUGCUAUGCGUUGGAGAUGGCGUUAGUGACACCCAUCCUACUUCACCUUGGGGUACCCGAGGAAUAUUAUACGUUUAUCUGGUUCAUAAGCCCAGUUCUCGGGUUCCUUGUGCAGCCCAUACUAGGCUCCUGGAGUGACCGCUGCACAGCACGCUGGGGGCGCCGCCGUCCGUUCAUACUGGCGCUGUCGGUCGGGAUUCUGGUCGGCCUAGCCCUGAUGAUGAACGGAGAAGACAUAGCAAACGCGACCUUUAGCAACAGUCGGGCUGCAACAUACGGAGCCAUCGUGCUGACGAUUGUCGGGAACGUCAUGUUGGACUUCUGCGCAGACUCCAGCGACAGUCCGUCCCGAGCGUAUCUCCUGGAUUCCUGCUGUCAAGACGACCAGGACAGAGGUUUAAGUCUGCAUGCCCUCAUGGGAGGCCUUGGAGGAGGAGUAGGCUAUGUGAUAGGAGGGGUGGACUGGGACCAGACCAUUCUGGCUACGUGGGUGGGGUCCAACCUGCGUGUUGUUUUCACCUUUGCUGCUGCCUCAUUCGUGUUGUCUGCCGUUGUGACACUGUUCAGUAUCAAGGAAAUUCCUCUGGAAAAACAAGACAAAACUGACAGUUCACCUGGACAUGUUGACCAUCGUCUAGCCUCGGUCGUGACUGACGUGUCAUCCAUCCGUUCCCUCAAUCCCACAACCCCUCCAACCACCCCUGUGUUCAACUAUGGUGCAGUCCAUUCAAAUUCAAUAAACUGUGAUCAAUCACCAGAUCUAGAAGAUCAUCAAACCACUAAUGAUGGGAACACCUCAGCCAACUCCGAAGAUGAUACUGUGGCAGAUCUGAAGCAGUUUCAGACAAAAUCGCGUAAACAGCAAAAGAAUAUAGUAACAAGCACGUACCGGCCGUUGCGAAGAUCUAAAUCCAUGCCGGGUGACGAAAUAGCAAACGUGGCAAAGUACGUCGAAGAGGAGAAAUACUUUACAGACGGCUACAUAAGUGAGGAUGAAAUUCCAGAAAGCUCCCGCGAAGGAGAGCAGGCAAAUAGUCUGGCUAACUUAGAUCUGAAGGAGAAUGACGAUCGUCCCCGUAGUGUUAGCUUCAGUGAGGAGAUUGCUACCUUAUCACUAGGUAAUGGUGCAGCACAUGCAGGUAGCAGAGAGAGUUUUGACUCAGAUGGUGAUGAAACCGAUGAGGAACUGACAGUGAGAAUGCUGUACAUGGCCAUCAUCAAGAUGCCCAACGUGUUGAAGAGACUGUGCUUCUGUCACUUCCUAGGAUGGCUGGCUAUGGAAGCCAUCUUGAUGUUCUUCACAGACUUUGUGGGACAGACCGUUUUCCAUGGCACUCCCACUGCAGAUCUCGGGACGUCCCCUUAUGACAACUACAACAGUGGUGUAAAGAUGGGGUGUUGGGGACUGUGUAUCUAUGCCUUCUCCUCUGCCAUCUACUCAGCACUUCUAGAUCCACUGCUGGAUGCAGUCUCUGUUCACUCAGCAUACUUCUUCGGAUACCUCGUGUUCUCCAUUGCUGCAGCAUUGUGUGUGAUGUUUCCAAACACCUAUGUCGUUCUGAGCAUGUGUGUUGCAUUUGGUAUCUUGUUUGCCACCAUCUGUACUCUACCGUACACCGUACUAUCAGAAUUUCACCAGAACGCAGAGUUUAUACAGGACAGCCCAGGGAACAGCAAGCGUGGGUUCGGCCUGGACACCUCACUGCUCAGCUGUCAGAUAUUCCUGGCACAGAUCGUGAACGCUGCCUGCCUCGGACCACUCAUCUCAGUCACUGGCACUGUCAACGCUGUCCUGUUGUUCUGCUCAGCCGUUGGAUUCGUCGGCUGUUUCUGGAACGCGAUGUUUGUUGUGUAUGAGUUGCCAGGGAAGGACGAGAACAUUGAAGAGAAGAUGCAACAAGUGGUCUUCUGAUUAAGUCACGUUUGAUAAAAAACAAAAAAACAUGGCCUCCUAGAAACAUGUGACGGCACAUUUGGGACUGUUGACAAUCAUUUUUUGUCACAUGGCAAUUGCAUUUUGUGUGGUCAUCACAAAUGAUGUGGGCCAUAACAAUUCCAUGAAUCUGUUCAAAUAUAAACCUGUAAUUCAUGCGCAACACUGAUAUGUACAAAGUUAUAAAUUUUAUCCAGGAAUCUACGCUGUACAAAUCCUGUGAACUUUCAUGAUGCCAUAUAUAGUAUAUUCUGGGAAUUAAGAUUCCCAACAACUUGACAAGAGUAUAGGAACCUUUUAUACAUCUAGUAGUUACUGUACGAGUCAUGAGCUCAGUUCUGACAUUAAGUUGUUAACAGUAUGCAUAGGACUUUUAGAUGCAACAAGAUGCUUUUUGGUGCAAUUUUAAUCAUGAGUCACUGAUCCAGGGGUUUGUGAUAUUGUCACAUUCAAUAACAAACACAUAUGGUUAUGCAGAUUAUAUCAAAUGUGCAAUAGUACUUGAAUGUAUUAAGUCGGAAAUGUUGUAUUAUGAUAAAUCAAGUUAGCUAUUGUAUGAUAGUUCCUGUACAGUUCAGGAAUGAGUAUAUGUAAAUCAAGGUGGAAGUUAUGGUGAUUGAUGAAACUUUUCACCUUCAUGUAAAAAUCUGCACAUGAAAUUUAUUACUUCACCAUAAGUUAAAACUGCCAAAUAAGAUUUUUCUGUGAGGAGGUUGAUAGAAGAUAUGGGGGUCAUGCAAAAAUUCCAACAUUAAAUAAUAGCAUUAAAGUUAUAUUUAUGAAAGUUUGUUAUAACUCUUCUUUUUUCACAUCUAAUUGUUGCCAACUGUUAAGAUCAUUACUUUCCUAUAACAAUUCAAAAUUGGACUCAGAUUUAGUAUUGGAAUGACCAUUUUCCAUCACUUUUACUAAGUGUACUCUUCAUUGGUCCAAUUGGGGACCAAUAGCAAAGACCUUUCAAAUUCCACUCUUAAUUAAACCUACAAGUUACUACAACAGAACAUUUUUAACACUUCACAUUUGGGCAACACUUUGACUACAUACACCAGGUCCAAAUCACUAGAUUUAUGUAUCAUAAUGUCCGUAAUAGAGACCAAAGAAACAUGACAGACACAAAUGGUAUCUUUAAUGAAUCAGCCACAGAAAUGUCAUUGCAGCACUGCAAACUUCACCAAAGCACUUCACCUUAAACAGUCUCAGACUGAACGUUCAUUUAAAGUUCUUCCUACAAAAUCCCAUACCCAGAUAUUCUGUUGCUUUUAGCUAUACAAGUCACAGUUUCUUCACACAAGUCUACAAGAACAGAUAAUAACUUUGCAUUCUCUUAAUACUAUGGCCUUAACAUAUAUCUAUGUUGGCCUAAAUUAUCUGCAAGCAAUGUCUUCAUCGGAUGAAAUUAACGUCACUAGUUACACAAUUCUUUUAUGUCAUUAGGUGGCUGUUGUCCAUGUGCUGCACGUAAGACAGUUGUGACCUAUUCCUUGCUGGCCAUGUACUGGAUGAGGUCGACAACACGGAAGCUGUAGCCGUAUUCAUUGUCAUACC